CCUACGCAACAGAAGAUUUUAAACAUCAGAGAUUACAGAAUCUGCGACGUACAGGCGAUUGUAACCUGGACAAAAAAGAUUCACACCGUAAAUAAAGACAACAUCCUACUUUGAUCUGUGAGGCUUUGGUAUGGGUCAUAGAAGUAGUAAACUUCGUCCUAAAGACAUCAGAGAUCUACAGAUAAACACACACUUCUCCGAGAAAGAGCUGCAAGACUGGUACCAUAACUUUCGACAGGACUAUCCUGAUGGCUAUCUCACUGUUGACAACUUCAUUACCAUAUACACCAACUGCUUCCCAGAGGGCGAUGCUGAAGGAUUUGCUCAACAGGCUUUCAGGACAUUUGAUAUCAAUGGUGACGGUGUCAUCAACUUCAGAGAAUUUAUGUGUGCAUUGAGUGUGAAAAGUCGGGGUAGCACUGAGCAAAAGUUGAGGUGGGCAUUCCGGAUGUAUGACAUGGACAAUAAUGGUUAUGUCUCCCGUGAUGAGAUGAUAGAAAUUAUACAAACUAUACAUAAGAUGACGGGAAAUGGUGAUGAGUCUGCAGCAGAAGAACGGACAGACAAGAUCUUCAGUAUGAUGGAUAAGAAUGCAGAUGGACAGCUGUCACAAGAAGAAUUUAUAGAGGGAGCAAGGAGAGAUCCUACCAUUGUUCAGAUGAUAGCAUGAAAAAUGUAUAGUUACAAUGGUAUUAUACAAUUUACUUCUGAUUGGGUAAAGUGGGUCAUGUGACUCCUUGCUUACCUUUAGCUUUUAAUUUAGAUACAGUAAAGUAGGUGAG